CGUUUGUUUAGAUACCGAGAGACGUCAUCGGUGAGUGGCAACUUUUCUAUAUUACAACAGACGAAACGGUACCAGCGUAUAAGAAAGUGCAGCUUUAAUCAACAACCACAAGCCUAGACUCUGACUGAUCAACAGUGGAGGAUGUCUCGACUGAUGGGACCUCCACAGAAGUUCAUGCCCCCAGAGUGGAGGUUAGCCAACCAGCUGCAGUAUGUGAGUGCAGAAGCUGAGCGGGCACGCUCAGAGCGGCUGAUAGCAGAGAGCAAGAGACUGAUGGAGGAAAGUGACAACACAGCCAAACGCAUGCAGCGGGAUGCCAACCAGAGACUAGAGCAGAGAAUCCAUGACAUCAAAUUCUGGAGGCAGGAGCUGGACCAGAAGCUGGAGGAGAUAGUGCAGGAGAUCAAGGUUCUGAUCAUCUUCAAGAGCCGUGUGGAGAAAGCCCUGGAAAGCUGCGCUGAGCCCCUUAGGGUCACUCUGCUCUGCCUGGAAGAGAGACAAAAGCGUGUGGCGAUCGACCUGGUGCAUGACGAGGUGGAGCGUGAGCUGAUGAAGGAGAGGGAAGUCAUCGAGGGUGUGGAGGCUCUGCUGAAGCGCACCAUUGAACAGACCAAUGAGCAGAUAAGACUGAACCGCUCUGCUAAGUACCACCUCGAGAAGGACCUGAUAAACAAGUUCCAGGCUGAGAGGAUUGACAACUUCUGCUCCAUCCUCACCAACAACUCCUCUAGCCUGGACGACACUCCCAAGGAAACAGGGAUCACAGUACCAUUCAAUACAGUGACCCCAGAGGAGUGGGAGAACUUCUCCAACAUCAACAUCACCAAGGCAGAGCAUGAGAAGAACAACUCCAUGUCACUGCGGGCCCUGGUGGACAGCCUGCUGGAGCAGACAGCUGCAGACAUAAGCAGGCAGCAUCACAUCACCAGCACGGCACUGCGGCUGCAGGUCCAGGAGAGCAAGACCACCAAGAGCCAGCUGGAGGACCAUCUGGCCAAGGUGCUGUCAGAGAUCUCCAGCCAGGAGAAGAACCUGGAGGCCCUGCAUGUGGCCAUCUCUGACAAGGAGGCCCCCCUGAAGAUGGCCCAGACCCGUCUCAUGGCCCGCAGCCAGAGGCCCAGCUGGGAGCUGUGCCAUGACCCGGUCCAGGUCCGUCUGCUGGAAGAGGUCCAGGAGCUCAUGGGUCACAUCGAUAGGUUGCGCGAGGCACAAGCCCAGUCGGAGAGGGAGCUGAAGGCCCUGAUCCGCAGCCAGCUGAGCCUGGAAGAGGAGGUGCAGGUGAAGUCCCACUCUCUCUACAUUGACGAGGUCAUCUGCACCCAGCUGCGCCAGCCUGUGGCAAUACACAGCUUCUGAGCAGCCAGGGUUCCUGAAAUAUCGUCUGGGACUUUAUAUUGUACCCCUGGGGUGUGAGGGGGUCAGAUCCCAGGCCUACCAGUAUCUUUAUUCAUCAAUAAAAAAUGAGAUAUGAAUAUACCAUUAAAA